CUCUCCCCAGCUCCGGGAGGGGAGUGGGGGCUGGUGGUUAUAGCAGGAGGGCUGGCAGCCAGGACUCCUGGGUUCUCUCCCCAGCUCCGGGAGGGGAGUGGGGGCUGGUGGUUAUAGCAGGAGGGCUGGCCGCCAGGACUCCUGGGUUCUCUCCUCAGCUCCGCGAGAGGAGUGUGGGCUGGUGGAUUAGAGUAGGGGGGAGCCGGAAGCCAGGACUCCUGGGUUCUCUCCCUCACUUACCACCCCCCUGCAGGGCUGGCCAAUGCCCUUUGAUUCCCCAAAGCUGGCCAGAAGGGAUUUGGCUAAUGGCCUUUGACAGGCCCCCGGGCCCGCAGGAGCUAAUCUGGGGGGCUAAUGUAGCCCGGGGCGGAUUGCCUGGCCCCUGAGCUAAUUCCUGGAGGGGGAAGAGAUGCCCGAGACGCCCAGCACUCAGGCCCGGCCGGCCAGCGUGGAGUGAACCCCUGGGGGGCAGCCAGAACCCCGCCCCGGACGGAGCCCCCUCCCUCUUCAGCUGAUCCUGCUCCGUGACCCGCCCCCGCCAUGGACAUCGGGGGCCUGGAGACGGUGGUGGCCAACUCGGCCUACGUCUCGGCCCGGGGCAGCGUGGACGCCAGCGCCCCUUCCACCGUGCGGGACAAGAAGAUGCGGGCCAAGCUCAAGCUGCCCCACAUCUCCCAGUGCGAGCACCUGAGGACCCAGCUGGACCUGGACUUCCAGAGCCUCUGCCUCCGGCAGCCCAUCGGCAAGCGGCUCUUUCAGCAGUUCCUGGAGGAGCAGGAGGCCUUCGCGGCGGCCGGCGGGCUGUGGAGGAGCAUGGAGGAGUACGCCGCGGCCGAGGAGGGCGAGAGGCCCCAGAAGGCCCAGAAGACCGUCAACCAGUUCUUCGACUCGGCCUCCAAGAGCUUCUGCCCCUUCCUGGAGGAGAAGGCCAUCAUGCGGGUCAAGGAGGACGCCAGGCACGGGCGGGCGGACCUCUUCAAGGAGGCCGAGGGGCAGCUCCUCGCGCACCUGGAGGAGCGGGCCCUGGCCAGGUACGCGGGCAGCUUGUUCUUCUCCCGCUUCCUGCAGUUCAAGUGGCUGGAGGGGCAGAGCGUGACCGAGGAGUGGUUCCUGGACUUCCGGGUGCUGGGCAAAGGCGGCUUCGGUGAGGUCUGCGCCUGCCAGAUGAGGGCCACCGGCAAGAUGUACGCCAACAAGAAGCUCAACAAGAAGCGGCUCAAGAAGCGCAACGGAUACGAGGGGGCCAUUGUGGAGAAGCGGAUCCUGGCCAAGGUGCACAGCCGGUUCAUCGUCACGCUGGCCUACGCCUUCCAGACCAAGCUGGACCUGUGUCUGGUCAUGACCCUCAUGAACGGCGGAGACCUCAGGUACCACAUCUACAACGUGGACGAGAAGAACCCGGGGUUCCCGGAGCCCCGGGCAGUUUUCUACACGGCCCAGAUCAUCUGCGGCCUGGAGCAUCUGCACCAAAACCGCAUCAUCUACCGGGACCUCAAGCCGGAGAACGUGCUACUGGAUGACGCGGGGCACGUCCGGCUGUCGGACCUGGGGCUGGCAGUGGAGCUGCUGGAGGGAAAGGACAAGACCAAGGGGUACGCGGGGACCCCAGGGUUCAUGGCUCCGGAGCUGCUGAGGAACGAGGAAUACGACUGGAGCGUGGAUUACUUCACCCUGGGGGUGACGCUCUACGAGAUGAUCGAAGCCAAGGGCCCCUUUCGCUGCCGGGGGGAGAAGGUGGAGAACAAGGAGGUGACCCGGCGCGUCCUGCACGACCCGGUGAAGUACUCGGAGAAGUUCAGCCCCGCCUGCCGGGCCGCCUGCGAGGGGCUCAUGGCCAAGGACCCCGCCGGCCGUCUGGGCUUCCGGGACCACCAGUGCGACCAGCUCAAGGCCCAGCCCCUCUUCCAGAAGGUCAACUGGGGCCGGCUGGAGGCAGGUCUGGCGGAGCCGCCCUUCGUGCCCGACCCCCGGACGGUCUACGCCAAGGACAUCGGCGAGGUGGGCGCCUUCUCCACGGUGAGGGGGGUGGCGCUGGACGAGCAGGACCGGGCCUUCUACGAGGACUUCUCCUCCGGCAACAUCCCCAUCCCCUGGCAGGAGGAGAUGGUGGAGACCGGCGUCUUCGGGGAGCUGAACGUGUGGGGGGCCAAGGGCACCGUCCCCAGGGACCUGGACCCCAGCGUGCCCGCCGACAGCGUCAGCAGCAAAUCGGGGACGUGCCUCCUGCUGUGAAGGGGGGCCGGGGUGGGAACACGCCUCCCCCCUCCUUGUGUCAACUCCCCCCUCCCCCAGAGACUCGGCUUGCCCCCCCCGCUCCCCGCCUUCUGGGGACUUGGUGACCCCUACAGGCACGGUCUCACAGCGGCGUGAGAUGAGGAGAGAACCCAGGAGUCCUGGCUCCCAGCUCCCACAUCGCCUGCUCUAAUCACUAGUCUCCACUCCCCUCCCAGAUCUAGGGCAAGAACCCGGGAGUCCUGGCUCCCAGCUCUCUCCCCUCCCCACCCAGCUCCAAUCACUAGCCUCCACUCCCCUCCCAGAUCCAGGGAGAGAACCCAGGAGUCCUGGCUCCCAGCUCUCCCCCCUCCCCCGCUCUAAUCGCUAGCCUCCACUCCCCUCCCAGAUCCAGAGAGAGAACCCAGGAGUCCUGGCUCCCAACCCCCCUUCCCCUAACAGAGCUGGGUGAGGGAGUGGGGUCUGGGGGAUUAGAGCACGGGGGUUGCGGGGAGCUGGGAGCCAGGACUCCUGGGUCCUAUCCCUGGCUCUGGUGUUUAGAGCAGCGGCAGGUGGGAAUCCGGACUCCUGGGUUCCAUUCCUGGGGUGGGGAGUUUGAGCGUGGGACUUCGGGGCAAAAUGAUCAUCGUUGCUAAUAACCAGCGUAACAUUUCAAUAGCACUUUACCCCCAUUGAGUAACUCCCCUUCCCAUCCCCCACCGUCAGGAUCCUUCCCAGUUUCAUACACAGGUGGGAGAGGCAGCAAGGAGACCCCCGUGGCGGGGGGGGGGGGCUAUGGUCCAUCAGGGAGGGGAUUGGAACCCAGGCGUCCUGGCCUGUCACCUCUAGGCCAGCACGUCCUGUCUCUGGACCGGAGGGGUGGGGGUGGUGUAGAUUCGAAGUCCCUUCCGUCAUUACCUAGAGCCGGGCACCGGGGUCCGGCCCGUGACCCAGCUCCGGGGUGAUCCGCCAUUCGGGAGCUCCGGACCCCCUUGUCGUGAGCCGCUUCGUAGCCAAUUUUGUAUAUAAUA